AUGGCCGCGAGUCGUUUAUUAUUGAAUGAACAACAGGAAACUCCUUCCAUCCAAUUUGAGUUUGAUGCAAAAGAUGAACGAUAUCGCGCAUUGCAAGAUGCCAAACAAGCAAGAAAUCUUUGGCCAACAUGCAAUCAAUUCAUUCGAACGAGCAUUGCUCUUGAUCCUACAAAAACUGAGAUUCAAGCAGCAUUGAAUGAAAGUCGUAUAGUGUUACAUCGACAAUCGCAAGUAGAUUAUCUAGACCCAAGACUGUACACGAAAACAAUUCGUGAAGUUUUGAAUGAACUACAACAAAAAUUUGGUACAGAUCCAGAAACGGUACGAAGUUAUCAUCGUUUGAUCGAGGAAAAAGAUCCAUCAGGAGCUGACGUAUGGAAAGGACAUAAAUAUGAACUUGGAGAUGUUGAACAAGACUAUGAACAAGCUGCGAAAUAUUUUGCUAAACCAGCAAGUCAGGGCAACGCCGAAGGAAUGUAUAAUCUAGCUCGAUUAACUGAUCGUGGUUUAGGUGUAAAGAAAGACCUUAAUUUGGCUCUCAAACUACUUGAGCAAGCAGCCGAGCAACCGCUAGAACAUCCCAUACUUAAAGGCUGUCCAAAUGUUCGUGUGGUCGAAGCUGAACACGCUUUAGGUAGAUAUUUCGAACGCAUCAGUGUUCCCAAAAAUCUAUCGGUAGCUGUCUACUGGUAUCAACGUGCCACUGAUCAUGGUAGUGCUAUGGCUGCCAACAAUUUAGGUUCAAUGUAUCUGGAUGGCCUUGCGGUUGAUAAAAAUCUCAAAAAAGGGGAGGAAUUAUUGGCAUUGGCAGCGAGAAGAGGAGAUCCAGUUGCUAUGUUGACUUUGGCAGAGAUUCUGCUCAAUAAAAAUGAUUUUCAAAUGGCAAAAAUUUGGUACGAUCGAGCAUGCGAAUCUGGCAAUGUUGUAGCUGAGCCACCGACAAAUAUGACUGUGGAAUUCUGCAAUUAUUGA